CACAUGUCCACCCAACACUAUGGUUAUAAAUACAGAUGGUCACUUCCUUCUUGUUUUCAUUGCAGGCAUUCAGUCUAAACCAUUGUACCUAGAAAAUUAGCAAGGAUCUGCAAUUCUACCAUGAGCUCGGGCAGCAGAACUAACCGAACAUUCGAGUUCGGGAGGACUCAUGUGGUCAGGCCUAGAGGAAAUCACCAAGCUACAAUAGUUUGGCUUCAUGGUCUUGGUGACAAGGGCUCAAGCUGGUCUCAGCUUUUGGAAAGCCUUCCCCUUCCGAAUAUUAAGUGGAUUUGUCCAACUGCUCCUACUAGGCCAGUGGCAAUGUUUGGUGGAUACCCUUGCACUGCAUGGUUUGAUGUCGGAGAUCUUUCGGGAGAUGGUCCUGAUGAUUUGGAGGGUUUAGAUGCUUCAGCAGCCCAUGUUGCCAACCUGUUGUCCGGAGAGCCUGCGAAUAUUAAACUCGGAAUCGGCGGGUUUAGUAUGGGUGCCGCAACUGCUCUCUACUCAGCCACGUGCCAUGUAUUAGGGAAAUACAGCAAUGGAAAUUUGUACCCGGUUAACUUAAGUGCAGUGGUUGGUUUAAGUGGUUGGCUUCCAUGUUCAAGGACCUUGAGGAACAGGAUGGAAAGAUCGAUCCAGGCAGUGAGGCGUGCAGCAUCCUUGCCUGUUCUACUAUGUCAUGGCUUAGGUGAUGAUGUGGUUGCAUAUACACAUGGAGAGAGAUCAGCUCAGGCCCUGAAUUCAGUUGGAUUCCGGGAUCUUACAUUCAGAACCUAUAAUGGGCUCGGUCACUAUACAGUACCUGAAGAAACAGAUGAAGUCUGCCAAUGGCUAACUGCUAGGUUAGGUCUUCAAGGAUCACAGUCAUAAUACCGAUCAUUAAAUUCACUGAUUUGAUAACGAGAUAGAGAAGAAUGAACUUAAUCAGACUUAUAUGUGUGGACUAGAGACGGAUGAUAGAGAGAGAAGAUGUUGGACAUGGGGUAUAUGUUGCCUAUCAGUCAUUUUAUUUACAGAAUAAACUUUCUUGCAAUGAAUUCAUUUUGGUUUACAG